GCAACUACAAUGGGUAUUUAAUUUAGCAAAAGCCCUGUUUGUUAUUCAUUCUCUGUACCCUCAGAGAGCUUUGAGCGGGAAAGCCGAGACUAGUGACGACGGAGAUGGCGCCAUUGUUGCAAAGCUCUCAGCCUUGGGUCGAAAAAUAUCGACCUAGGCAAGUCAAGGACGUAGCUCACCAAGACGAGGUCGUUCGUGUCCUCACUAACACUCUCGAAACCGCUAAUUGCCCACACAUGCUGUUUUAUGGGCCACCUGGAACUGGAAAAACUACUACUGCUCUUGCCAUUGCUCAUGAGCUUUAUGGACCUGAACUUUACAAGUCUAGGGUGCUGGAGCUUAAUGCGAGUGACGAUCGUGGAAUCAAUGUAGUUCGCACAAAAAUAAAAAAUUUUGCUGCUGUAGCUGUAGGAACUCAGCGUCAUGGGAAUUACCCUUGCCCCCCUUACAAAAUAAUCAUCCUGGAUGAGGCAGAUUCCAUGACCGAAGAUGCGCAGAAUGCCUUGCGCCGAACCAUGGAAACAUACUCCAAAGUUACAAGAUUUUUUUUCAUUUGCAAUUACAUCAGCAGAAUCAUUGAGCCGCUUGCUUCUAGAUGUGCAAAGUUUAGAUUUAAGCCACUUACUGAUGAAAUAAUGAAUGAUCGUAUAGCAUACAUAUGCAGUGCGGAAGGCCUUGAUCUGGAUCCAGAGGCUCUUUCGACCUUGAGUUCUAUCUCUCAAGGUGAUUUACGCCGGGCAAUAACCUACCUGCAGGGAGCUGCUCGCUUAUUUGGAUCUUCAAUUUUAUCCACGGACUUGGUUACAGUAUCUGGGGUCAUCCCAGAGGAAGUUGUACAGGCUCUUUAUUCCACUUGCAAAAGUGGUAACUUUGAAUUAGCCGAGAAGGAAGUCAGUAAUGUAAUUGCAGAGGGAUAUCCAGUUUCUCAGAUAAUUUCUCAGUUGUUUGACCUCAUUGUUGGACUGGAUGAUGUAUCAGAUGAGCAGAAAGCAAGAAUAUUUAAGAAAAUGGGUGAAGCAGAUAAGUGUCUCAUUGAUGGAGCAGACGAGUACUUGCAGCUGUUGGAUGUGGCCAGCAAUGCAAUGCGAGCACUAUGUAACAUGCCACUAGAAUUUCCUUCUGAGUUCUAAGAAUUAGGUGGCUAGAAAGAUGAGGAAAAGGCAUCGAGUGACUGGGUGUAUAAUGAUGAUUUAAGUUAUGGUGUUAGAAGCUUGGUCUCCAAUCUAUUCUUACUUGGGAUUCGACUUUAAAAGGCUAUUUAAGGUUCUCUUGUACGCUUUUCGACUUUUAGCUUGAUGUUUUUUUCUAUUAGUUUUUGAUUUAAAUUGUUUCUUAGGAAACUAUAUCUUCUAGUUAUUUCUCGCCACAUUUUGGUCUUGAUCUUUUUUUUUCUCCUUGCAUUUCAUUGUUAGUGUACAUAAUAGCUAGUAUCCCAGUAUAGUAUUUGAUAUAAUUCAGCUAUAUUAUAUUAUCCUCGUGGAAGGAUCAUCAAGUUAUGUAUUAAUAGAUGUUAUAUUUACCACAAACUCUUGGAAGAACAAGGAAGUAAGAAAGGGUUUAUUUUUGGAAGAA